GCCACCCUCUCUCAUAUUUGAUCUCUCUCAUUUCUUUUCUUCAUUGUAACUAAGAUCUGGUGUAUACAAUUAUACCUCAUUUCUAAAUUUUCUUUCCAUGAACUAGAUGAGGCUUGCUAUCGUGUUCCAUUCUCUCUUCUUUCCUGGUUUUUUCUGAUUUUUUUUUAUCAAAUUGGAGUAGCUAUGCGUUGAACCGGUCUUGUUCAUCGAACUGGCCGAGUCACCGGUUUUGGUCGAGUCGUUCCGGUUCUUACCGGUUCGUUUGCAUGGCUGAUCUGUUGUUCAAUUCGAACCGGACAUAUCACCGGUUCAACCGGUCGGUCCGGUCCGAGUUUUAAAACUAUGGUAAUAAGGGUAAUGUUUUGACUCACGCAGAUUACGACCCAGAUCACUUCUCUCCGAUUUUUUUUCUUUCACUCACACAGGUGAGAACUGAGAAGCAAAUCGCGUUUUUGCUCUCCUCUCCUCAUCUUAAAUCACUUCUCCUCUUUGAACAAACAAAUCCAGUCGUUGACUCUCUUCUCCACUCUUAGCAGCAUCUUCUCUCUUCAACUAUUUUAUUCAAACCCAGUAUCUCUCUGUCAGUUAUCACGGACCUUAAACCAAGUUGCUAUUGCCAGCCCACAGACAAGCUUAGUUCUUGAGGGGAGACAUAAUGCUGACAGAGGAUGGAUCUCGGAGCUUAAAAAGGUGGGAGACAUAAGCUUGGUAUAUUUGUAUUGAGUUUAGAGGAUAAUGAAAGAGAUUCAACAACAACAACAUCAUCAUAAGCUUCUGAUUCUAUACGCAACUCAAACCGGUAACGCAUUGGAUGCUGCUGAACGUCUUGCUCGUGAAGCUGAACGCAGAGCUUGUCCCAUCAAUCUUCUUUCUCUUCAUCAAUAUGAACCUAAUCUGUUGCCACAGGAAGAAGCUGUGGUUUUUGUGGUUUCUACCACUGGUCAGGGUGAUUCCCCUGAUUCUAUGAAGGUCUUUUGGAGGUUUCUUCUUCAGAGAAGCCUAAGCCAGCAUUGGCUGAAAGGAGUACACUACACCGUUUUCGGUUUGGGUGAUUCUGGUUAUCAGAAGUACAAUUUUGUUGCAAAGAAGCUGGACAAAAGAUUAAAGGACCUUGGAGGAACAACUAUUUUAGAAAGAGGCUUGGGAGAUGAUCAGCACCCUUCAGGCUACGAAGGUACUCUUGAUCCCUGGCUGUCUUCUCUAUGGAGAAUGUUAUACACAAUCAAACCAGAAUUCUUACCAAAUGGUCCAGAUGUUUCGAUUCAAGAUACGGCGUUGAUUGACCAACCUAAAGUCCAAAUUACAUAUCACAAUAUUGAGUCACAUUUUUCAACUGCCUCAGACACUGGGAGUGUUCGUUCAAUGCAUCCUGGAAAAUCAUCUUCCGACAGAAGUGGGCAUCCUGACUGCUUUCUUAAGAUGGUGAAGAAUCUUCCUUUGACCAGACCAAACUGUGGAAAAGAUGUUCGUCAUUUUGAAUUUGAACUUGAGUCACAUGCUAUCGAGUAUGACACUGGUGAUGUUCUUGAGAUUCUUCCUGGUCAAGAUUCAGCCGCAGUUGAUGCUUUCAUACGGCGUUGUAAUUUGGAUCCUGAUGCAUUCAUCAGUGUUAGUCCUAGAGGAAUGGAUGAUUGCAAUGGACAUGGCUCUAGAAUACCCGUAAAAUUAAAAACUUAUGUGGAACUGACUAUGGAUGUAGCUUCUGCUUCACCUCGGCGGUAUUUCUUUGAGGUUAUGAGCUUUUUUGCAACAGCUGAACAUGAGAAGGAAAGACUUCAGUAUUUUUCUUCACCUGAAGGAAGAGAUGACCUGUACCAAUACAACCAGAAGGAGAGGAGAACUGUUCUUGAGGUGCUCGAAGAUUUUCCUUCUGUUCAAAUGCCACUUGAGUGGCUAAUCCAAUUGGUUCCUAUGCUGAAAACAAGAGCAUUCUCUAUUUCUUCUUCUCAAUCAGUUCACCCCAAUCAAGUACACUUGACUGUGAGUGUGGUGUCCUGGACAACACCUUACAAGAGGAAAAAGAAAGGACUGUGCUCCUCAUGGCUAGCCACAUUAGAUCCCCGCAAUGCUGUCGGUAUUCCUGCUUGGUUCCAAAAAGGCUCCCUUCCUACAGCAUCACCAUCACUUCCCCUCAUACUUGUUGGACCGGGCACAGGAUGUGCACCUUUUCGCGGAUUUAUCGAGGAAAGGGCAUUGCAAAGUAAAACUAUUUCCACUGCUCCAAUUAUGUUCUUCUUUGGCUGUUGGAAUGAAGACGGUGACUUUUUAUACAAAGACUUGUGGUUGAAUCAUUCACAGAACAAUGGUGUACUUUCAGAAGCAAAUGGUGGAGGUUUCUAUGUUGCUUUCUCUCGAGACCAGCCUGAGAAAGUUUAUGUUCAGCAUAAGAUGAAGGAACACAGUGGAAGGGUUUGGAACCUAUUAGCCGAUGGAGCUGCUGUUUAUAUAGCAGGUUCAUCAACCAAAAUGCCUACGGAUGUAACAUCAGCUUUUGAGGAAAUUGUAUCUAAAGAAAAUGAGGUUUCAAAGGAAGAUGCAGUUAGGUGGAUUAGGGCAUUAGAAAGGUGCGGUAAAUAUCACAUUGAAGCAUGGUCUUGAGAGUUUUAUUUUGGGUCAGAUAGCAAGUUUGGGUCCUCUAUAGCCGUUUUACGGUGCAACUGUCUGCAGACGGUUGUAGAGGGUCCGGGUUCGUCAAGGAGGUCCAAUCAUACAGUUUUUUCUAAAGUCUAAUACGGUUGCAUGGAUCAAAUUGGUGCAAAUUUUGUGGUUCUAAUAAAAUUUUGUGGUUCAACAUUAUUUUAUAUAUGUUCCUGUGCAACAUGGUCUGCCUCAUGAGCGUGAAAUGUUUUCUUCAUGAUGGUGGUUUGAUCCUCUGGGAUUGGUGGGUAUGCUCCUCCAAACGGGGAGGAGGGGGCUGUACCUGCAAAAAAUCCAAAAUAUGUUCAAAGAUUCUGAGUAUCCGAUAAUUCGCCAAGCAAGCAUGGAGUAAACCUGAAGCGUGCUAAGUCGGAGAGUUGAAGUGAAAUAAAGUAGAGAAUUGAACGAGGAUUAUGAGAGCAGAUUUGUUAAGCGAGUUACAUCUGUUCGUUUAGCGAAUCUUCGCUUUGAAGUAACCUUAAUAUGCUAAACGGACAUCCGUUUGUUUGGCGAAUCUUCAUUUUACUGCAAAGUAUUCAAGCCAAUUAAUGACAAAAGGAAAAUGUUAAUAUAGUAAAACAUUCUUAGAACUUGUGUAAUCAAAUUCUUAAAAGUGUAUGAAAUACUCUUUUCAAUGUAAA